AUGUACGACCAGAAGCGGCAAUUCUUGACAAUUCCAAUGCCUGAAGACAGGAAAGUUCAAGUGGGCCAAUGGGUUAUAGGAUUCAAUAAUGGAUCGGUGAGUUUCAUUUUAAAAGUGUGGGCUAGAAAUUACUUCCUUCACUGUUGAAAAGUGGAAUUUUUUUUUACAAAUAACGAUUUUCCUAAUUAGAUUUUAAGAGGCGAUUCCUGAGAAACUCGAAAAGCGGAUGACACAAAAAAUUCAGAUUGAUCCUAUUUGUCCCAUAUUAAACCCAUGAGGUUCUCCCAUGACACUGACACUCAAGAAUAAUAUUUGGUCCGGCUCCGCGAGCCCUGGUCGGAGCACUGGCUCCAAGCACCUCUAAACUGUAACUUUUUUCAAAAAAAUCCUGUCGACUCAGGCUCAACGCCAUUCGAUUUCUCGCAUCUUUUUGAGCAUAUUUCAUGUUGAGACCAAAAAUUUAUCACCUCUCAUUCAUAGAGAAAAAAAUUGGUUUGUGGUCGUUUUCAAAAUUUUGUCGAGCUUUUGACCCCGAUUUUUUUCGAUUUUUUUUUUAAUUUUCCAAACUGUCCCAAAAAAUCUUUAUUAAUCAGAAAUGCAUGAAAACAACAGUUAGAUGUCUCAAAACGGUCUUAUAAGCAAGAAAGCCCAGAUUUUUCAGAAUUUGGAAAAAAAGACUAUGCAAAAGUACUCCGAUUUUCACGUAUUUUGGGCUGAAACACCCCGGAGUCAACCCUAUUUUUGUUUGGAAACUAGUCAUGCUGGCACGACCACAAAUCGGCAUUUUUCUAAUCAUUUUGCUCCCUAUCGAAACCUUUUCUCAAUCGAGGUAAAAUUGAAAUCCUAGAAUCUCGGAACUCCUUCAUUUCUUAUUCAGGACCCCGUCGUUUUGCAACUAACGUGAGUAUCCAGACGUCGCGGUUUCAUAGCGUCACCCUCAUUCUGUUUAUUUUCAGCACAUUGAUACAUACACCGGUCAAAAGUUUGCCAAUAUCCAAGUGGUCGGUGAAGAAGUGAUUGUGAGAACCUAUGCGGUUGGACUGCAUUCGCCGAGAACCUCGCCGAAUCUGCGCAGAUACUACGGGUACACCAUCUGGACAGGAGUCGGAGUUGUUGAAGAUCCUGACGCAAAUUUUGCCAGACGAAGCCCGUCCUUGAAGCCAGUCAACGUGCGCAAUUCUGCAUUUGUAUUGUUCGUUGUAAUUUUACUAUGUUCAGGUGGUGCUCAAAUACAAUUCUAAUUCGGUUUGGCUCGACAGUCAGUUUGAAAUUGUUCAUAUUGGUUACGAAACUCGGGAACACGCCAAACUUCCGAGAAUUGAGAUGGCGGUACGCGAUGCAGAACGUUUUUCUUCCAAUAACUUUGUAUUGUUUCAGCCAUGGACGAAAGACGUUUUUGAAGUGACCCCAGAGCAGGUAUGCAGUCAUAGUACUUUUACGGGGGCGAAGAAGGGGAAAGCGUCAGUUUGGCCGGCCAAAAAUUGAAUAAAUCUGCUGUUAACACUUUGCCAAUGUUAAUUUUGCAGCAAGCCGAACGGAAACUUCUGGGUCAACAAAAAUACCUUGGCGUUAUCGUGGCGAACAGAUUCCCCGAUGCGGCGAGCGUCAACGCGCAAACACACAACACGCCGAAAUGCAGUUAUGUUUGGACCGCGUCGAUCGGCCUUGUUCGCGUGAUUCCCGGCUUGAACGUGCUGAAUCUUGGAGUAAGUUUUGUAAAAAAUAAUUCACAUUUUUGUAAUUUUUUUAAAUGAAUUUCAGAUUGGAAAGUGGACCACGUUUACAAUUUGCUAUGAGCCAUCGUCACUGAUCGAGUCCGAGAAAGACUAUCUGCACUGCCUGCGAGUCGACAACACUACCUGUGUCGACAAUGUGCUACCGACAACGGCUUCGUCGUUUCUUGAAGUAUGUGUUCUGAAAAACGUGACAUGCAUGACUUAUCGUAAUGUUAUAAAACAGCACAGCCAUACAUUCAAAAAUAAACGACACGUGGCACAAUUAUAUAAAUCAUUUGUAUUCUUACAGCUGGAGUGCGAGUUUGUUUUCCGAAUCACACCGGAGAAAAUGACGGAUCUUAAUUCGGAAACGUUAUUCCAUCCUCUGCUUGGGACUGUUGAAAUCUCAAGAGAAAAGGCACUAGAGGCGGCAACGGUAAGACUCAUAAACGCUAGUCACCCCAACACCAAUUGUUUCAGGCUGUUCAUUCGCACUGGAUGUUCCUUCUCAAGAACGAGCCGUACGGUAACUGCGAACUCGGCAAAGUCACACUCAUCGCCAAGGUCCGUCUUUAUAAAGACUGGUUCAAAUUGUACUUGCACAAUCGCAAUCGCCCUAUCUUCUACGUUGAAUCGAACGUGGAAAUUCUCUACAAAAGACAACCAAUCUCACGUGCCUAA